AACGACGGGCGAAAGAGGUUGUACUUUUUUUUCUUUUUUUUUUUUGCUGGGAGCGAAAGAGGUUGUUGGAAACUUAGGGUUAGCUGGUCAGCAGUCCUGAUAGGCUGCUUCUACCUGAAUUAUAUAUACACAUAUAUAAUAUUCUAUUAUAUAUACACAUAAAUAUCUUCCUUCCUUCUUCGUUAUCCUCAAAACCGAAACUUUUGAAAACUAUCUGGAAUCAGAAUUCAGAAGAAGAUUAAUUGAAGGUUUUUUCGUUUGUGAGAGAAAUCAGAAAUGGAGCAAGGGAAACAGGGAAUUGUGGUGGCGAAAUGGUUGCCGAACCAGAACCCAAUAGAGCAAUUUCAGGCCAAGUACAAGGAGUUGGAAAACGGGUUCAAGGCAUGGCUGGAGAAGCAGCCUCUGGCGGUCGAAGCCGCCGUCGUCACCGUCACCAGCGCCGCCCAGGGCGCCGGAAUCGGCAGCCUCAUGGGCACGCUUACCAAGGACGUCUCUUCCUCUAUUCCCACUCCUCCUCAGGCCAACCUCACCCCUCAAGCAAUGGCCUCCUUCCAGCAAGCUCAGGCUCUUUCAGGAGGUCCCUUGGUACAAGCUCGCAACUUUGCUGUGAUGACAGGUGUGAAUGCUGGCCUAUCCUGUGUUAUGAAGAGACUACGAGGCAAGGAGGAUGUUCAAUCUAGUAUGGUAGCGGCUUUUGGUUCUGGAGCCAUGUUUUCAUUGGUGAGUGGCAUGGGUGGCCCCAACCAGGUAGCAAAUGCAGCCACUUCUGGACUUUUCUUCGCACUUGUUCAAGGUGGACUUUACCAGGUAAGCUUCACACUGAAAGAGUUUUAUCAUCUUAGGGGUAGCUAAAUGCCAGAACUUGCU